AUGAAUUCUUGCUCACUGCAACUCAGUCCUACUCACUCAAGUCGGAUUGUUUUUUCAAGAUUUCCAUCUCCAAUGUAUGCUAGGUUAAGGUGAGUUGCGAGUGGUAAUGUCAGAGUUUGUUAACAGAAACUAAUUAUUUAAAGUGCGUUUUAUCUGUGGACCUGUCGGAGUUAGCCCAAAUUGGUCUGUCUGCUUGAAUUCGUGCCAUUACAGUAUGUUUUAA